AUGGAUCGUCUAGAGCAAGAGAAUCACAAAAUACGUGAAGAGGUGAAUACUUUGAGGGACAAUUCCGGAAAACUUACUGCUAUGAUGGAAACUCUGGUGACUGCUCAGAAUCAGCCACCUCCUUCUCCUCAGACUCUACUUCAGACGACUGUAAUUUCCGAAAUUGUCUCUACGCCCAUUUCAGUAGCUCCAGUCAGUGCUCCACAACACCGUAUGCCUCCUGGUUUCCCUUGGGGCAUGCCUCCUAAUUUUUUGUCUGAAGGGUAUCAACUUGUUGUUGAAGUUCCUAUGGCUCAACCGAUUAUGUCAGUACCACCUCCCGUGGUUCAUACUGUUCCUUAUGUCGAAGAACCCAUUUUCCAUGCUGGCCAGAGUGAAACUGUUAGCGUCUAUGAAAGGAUGGAUGAGUUUCAAGCUCAAUUUCAAGCUAUGCAUAAAGAGAUUAAUGCUUUGAGGGAGAAAUAUCUGUUUGGGAAGAAUGCUCAUGAUUUGCGCUUAGUUCUUAAUGUGAAGAUUCCGCAUAAGUUCAAGGUACCAGAUUUCAAGAAGUAUAAGGGUAACUCUUUUCCUUUGAGUCAUUUGGUGAUGUACGCUGGUGCACCCGACCAUGAUAUUGAGAAUUGUUUUGCUUUAAAAGUUGAGGUGAGAAGAAACCCUCGAGGGUAUGAUGUGGUAAAAAGAGACUUACAAGAAAUGUUGGAGCAAAAUCUUAUUCAGAUUAGGAGGGAUAUGGAUGAAGAUGAGCAUGAGGUGAACGUCAUAGUUCCCCGUUUCAAUAUCCCAGAACCAGUUUUAAUUGCAUAUAAUGGUCAGAAGUCUAUUGUUUUUCCGUUGGUCAUUCGUUUGGUGGGUCCGAAGCCGUAUGAGUCUGAUAAAGUUGUUCCUUACAAGUACAAUGCUCCUAAAAGAACCGAAGAUGCGGUGAUAGAGAAACCAACUCAAGAGAAAACUCCUGUUAUACAGACCAACCAAUCCAACAUUGUGAAUCAGAGUUAUGAUCAUGAUGAAGUGCUGAAAUUGAUUAAGAAGAGUGAUUUCAAUAUGGUGGACCAGUUGUUGCACACCUCAUCCAAGAUAUCUAUAUUAUCUUUACUGAUGAGUUCAGAUGCACACCUAGACGCUUUGCAGAAGGUCCUAGAACAAGCCUAUGUGGAUCACGAUGUAAUGAUUGAUCAGUUUGAUGGCAUUGUGGCCAAUAUUACCGCGUGUAACAAUAUGAGCUUCAAUGAUGAAGAGAAGAAUGGGGAAUCCAUGACAUCUUUAAAAGACACCCGGCAUGUGGUAGAGAAUGGUCAAUCUGCUAGAUGGGGAUAA